AUGAGCUCCAAGAUACAUCUGCAACCCGCGCGGGCUCAGGAUCUGCCUAACAUUGCCGAUCUCGCCGCACAGGCCAUGCUGGAGGAUGAACUUUGUGCCUGGUUAUGUCCGCAGAGACAUGAGCACUUUGCGGAUUUUCGCUAUGCGUUUCUCCGUCGGCUCAAGAUGCGGUUCGUCGCUCCAGGGUAUGUGAUGAUGGUCGCAGUGGAACAGCUUGAUGAGGACCCCCACGGGCGAAUUUUCGUGGAACGCAAACUCCUUGACAUAGAAAAUGGAUACUUGUCCUGGGUAUACCCAGAUCGCAGUGUGGAUCCACAUCGACUGGAACACUACAAGACUGCCUCUGCUGCAGUCGACUGCUUCCCCUUCUCUGCUUUUCCCGAGCUGUGGUACCUAGGUCAUUUGGCCGUCGACCCGAAACAUCAACGCCGAGGCAUUGGUCGACAGCUAGUGGAAUGGGGGCUGCAGCAAGCCCGACAAGAGGAAGUAUGUGUGGGACUGGAAGCAAGUAUCAAGGGUACUGGUUUGUACGAAAAGCUGGGCUUCCACACGAUCAAUACAAAAGACUUGACGCCGGAGAUAGCCAUUCAGGCAAUGGUACAAGAGAGUCCACGCUCCUGGUUAUCUGCUCCACGGCCAGACCUUGCAAAUACCUGCGGGUACUUUAAUCAUUCGAUAUUCUAUGUCGCCAUAGCUCAUUAG